AUGGUUCACGCACAUUUGGCAUUUCUUGAGACUUACUCUCCCACGUGCGAUGAUGACAUCAGAAAUUGUCAACUACUGCAAGCAGAUCACUCUGAAGAACCGCAUUCUUUUGCCUCCAUUUAUGGAUUGGCAGGAUCCACUGAUCCAGAUACAAUGACUUUCUCAGAAGGGAUGAGCGCCCAUGAUAAGAACGAAUUUGUCAAGGCCAUGUAUAAAGAGCUGGGUGAUCAUAUCAGAAGGAAACAUUGGAAAGUUGUCCCAAUCGGGAGCAUUCCAACCCACAAACGAGCCAUUCCCAUGGUGUGGGCUAUGAAGCGAAAGAAGAACCCUAUAGGGGAAAUCAUCAAGUGGAAAGCUAGAUUAUGCGCUGGCAGUCACAUGUCCAUUGAGAAUGUUGACUACUGGAACACAUAUGCACCAGUUGUAUCUUGGAGCACUGUUUGUCUUGUGGUAAUAUUUGCUCUGAUCAACGAUUGGCAUAUGGAAUCCAUCGACUUUGUAUUGGCAUAUCCACAGGCUCCCAUCCGAACUGACAUUUUUAUGAAACCUCCAAAAGUACCUCCGAAUUUCACAAUUCCUGAUUUACCGAAAACUGCAGAUCGAUCCAUCAACGUUUACAAAUUGUUACAGAACCUUUAUGGCUUGAAAGAUGCUGGACGCACAUGGUCACAAUUUCUUCACAAGGGAUUGAUUGAUCAAGGAUGGAAACAAUCAAGUAUUGAUUCUUGCUUGUACACCAAACAAAACAUUAUUUUGGUACUUUAUGUGGAUGAUGCGUGUUUACUCUCACCAGACAAAAAUCUUAUCAACAGAGAAAUCAAAUCCCUUCAAGAACAGUACAACCUCACCGACGAUGGAGAACUACAGGAUUACCUUGGUACCAGAUUCACAAAAUUACCAGAUGGUUCCAUCUUAUUGGAACAACCACGAAUGAUCAACCGAAUUUUGGAAAUGGUUGGAUUGGAUGCUUCCGAUUCCAGCCGAGUCAAGACACAUGAUUGUCCUGCCUCGAGUACCAACAUCCUCGAUAAAGAUCCUGAUGGAAAACCUCACGGAUAUGCUUGGAACUACAGAUCAGUUGUUGGGAGUCUCAGUUAUGUACAGGCAAUGAUACGUCCAGAUAUCACAAUGGCCGUACAACAAUGUGCAAGAUUCUGCAAUGAUCCCAAAGAAUCGCAUGCCAUGGCCGUUAAACGCAUUUGCAGAUAUUUAUACAAAACCCGCCACAUGGGAUUACACUUCAAACCGGAUAAGACAAAAGGACUGGAAUGUUAUGUUGACGCCGAUUGGGCAGGAUCUUGGCGAGAUCGAACAUCUACUGAUCCGCUGUCUUCACGAUCACGAACUGGAUAUAUUAUCACCUAUGCUGGUUGUCCAAUUGUCUGGGCAUCCAAGUUGCAAACUCUUGUUGCACUGUCCACAACUGAAGCGGAAUACAUUGCGCUAUCAUCAUCUCUACGCGAAGUUAUCGCACUAAUGAACUUGAUCAACGAAUUGAAGUCAUUGGAUUUUAAACUUUCAGUUGAUACGCCAAAGGUCAUUUGUACGGUGUUCGAAGACAAUCGAAGUUGUCUUGAGAUUGCAACCAAUCACCGAACACGACCGAGGACAAAACAUCUCUCCAUUCGACUUCAUCAUUUUCGGUCUCAUGUUCUGGCCAAAACAAUCGAUAUCAAACACAUUUCCACCAAAGAGCAAUUGGCCGACAUCUUCACUAAACCAUUGGCCAGAGAUCAGUCUAUCAAAUUACGAGAUCGAUUCAUGGGUUGGGACUCUCUCGGCGAGAGGGAGUGA